AUGGAUCACUCGGCACUCAUUGCGCAGCUUCGGAAACAGGACGAAGAAAGAUACGCUUACCUUGAGGUACUAAGUACAGAGCUCGUUGUUUUGCGCAAUGAAUACAACCGCACCUCAUCUAUCCUCAAUCGAGAGAGAGAAUCAUCUCAUAUGCUCCAAGAUGUUAGAGACAAGCUAAGAGGAAGAAUCGAAACCUUAGAACGUACUCUGGACCAAAAUUGCUUCGUGCUUGUACUGAUCCAUGCGGAUACAGGUGGCUACCUGUUCGACGAAAAAUACAUAAUCCAAGGUCACUACGGUGGCCUUGCAGCGGCGCAUAAACUAGAAAAUACGCUACGGGCAUACCUAGUUACGCGCUCCAUCAGCGUCUCCAGACUACCUCUCAUGAUCCGGGUGUAUGCCAACAUCGAUGAGCUCUCUGUGGCAAUACGGAAAACAGGAACGUCAGAAGCCGCAGAACAGCUUCGGCGCUUUGCUUACGGGUUUUCCUACAGCAACGCACUGUUUGACUUCAUACCUACAAGCAACGGAAGUGAGGGAGCAAGCCAGAAGAUCAGAGGCACUUUCGAGCAAUUCGUAAGAAACCCCACUUGCCGACACCUCAUAUUGGGUGCCUGCCAUGACACUUCCUAUGUCCAGGCUCUGGAAGAGGUCGCCAAGGACCCAGACGUCCGUAACCGCAUUACACUUCUAGAACCGUUCCAAACCACAAAAAAAUACUCAGCUUUGCCUUUCCAAUCCAUCAGGUUGGACAGUUUCUUCAGAGAUUCCCGACCGAGCACGUCUGCGAGCGCAAGCUUCGAUGUGUUGACCAGUAAUCCUCAAAGAUCCAGCUACCCACAUUAUUCUUAUGGCCCAGAUCCAAGAACUAGCAGAAGCUCAGACAACAUUUUAUCAAGCAUUCCUCAAAGUCCAACGCUAUGGUCUCUGCCAAAAGGCUUCAUCCUCAUCAAUGAAAACGGACAAAGGAUCGAUAAUCAGCUGCCAGAGGCAACCGCUGAAGCCAUCGAAUCCUUAAAUCAGAAAACAGCCAAAGACCAAGGACGGAUCUGCUACGUUUUCCAGGUCAGAGGGUACUGCUUGGAGGGAAAGAAGUGCAGAUUCCCGCACAACCGGUUGCUUCCUGAAGAAGUUCUGGCGCUAAGGCAUCACUUGAGAGGCCAGCCGUGUAAAGCUGGGCUUGGUUGUCGCAAUCCCGACUGUUUCUUUGGACAUCAGUGCUCUUGUGGGGAGAGGAAAUGUCUGUUCAGCAAGGAGAUGCAUGCGGUGAAAAAGGACAAGUUGACGGCCGUUCAGGCUGUGCCCUGA